CACUUUAUUCAGACACAAUUAUCUAGGCCAAUUGUGUGGCAGCAGUGCAGUGCAUACAAUCAUGUAGAUAUGGGUCAGGAGCUUCAGUUUCAGUCACAUUAACCAUCAGAAUGGGGAAAAAAUGUGAUCUCUGAACACACAACGCAUCAUAACUAAGUGGAUAGGCCACGGCAGUAGAAGUAAAAAAAAACAAGUCUAACAAAUACCUAAUAAAGUGCUCACUGAAUGUACGCGAGUGGUUUCACUCUCUUUUUAAAUUCUCCAAUGCUUGAUAGUCCUCUCUCUCCCCUCCUUUUUUUCUGUCAUUUACUCCUGUCCCACGCACUUCCUUCUCACUGCAGCUCUGGUAUGCUAUGAGACUGCUUCUUCAAGCAGGAAGCAGGUACUGGACAGUAUCAUUCAACCAAUGGAAUUUGCGUGUGGAUUUGUUUAUGUCCCUCCUCUAACCAAUCAGCAAUCAAAACCAAACCAUAAUGCCUUUAAGCGUUCAGCUCUCCUCCCUCCUCUCAAGAUAUCACGUCCCCGCACACCCCCACCACCGCCUCCUGCCUGUUCUGCGAAACCUCCAGUUGCUUCCCCAGAAAAGAGAAUUUUGGGGCAAAUGGCUGUCAGUGAAGACGCAAAGAACAUUGUGAAUAACCUGCCCGCGUAUGAGAAUUCAGCCUUUCUCCUCAAAGCUGAAUCUGCCAACCCAGCCCCAGAAGGUCCAUGCAGACCUGUUGCACCCUCAGCAGUCGUGAGAAAAGCUCUCUUACCUCCACCAAUGAGGGCCCAACUGGAUAACAACUGUCUUCCGGUACCUGCUUCACAGCCUUUGAAAGACCUCAAUUUUGACUCUCAAGAGCAGGAGCUGACCUAUGACCUCCCCAAGCAGCUGACCUAUACCCUCCCAGAGAUUGAGAAACAUCCAUCUGAUCCUGAGUAUUCAUAUAACAUCCCAGAAGGCAGUGGGGUGGGGCUGAGACAUCUCAUCAAUGUGGCUAAUAGCAAGUUACAUGUAAAGUCAGCACCACCCCUCCCUCCUCGCCCUUCCUUUAUGAAGAGAAUUCCAGAUUACGUGGUCCUGUUGCCUAAAUCCACCACGUCUUCGACUCCCAUUGCCCCACAGGUUGACUCUCAUGCCCCAGCCUCCACCAAUCCAGCUUUCCUGGAUAACGAGCCAUUGCCAGGCAACCCAAAUGUAAUUCUUGUUAGUUUGGGGACUCUUGUGACUGAAGAAAAUGUGCAAACAAUGGAGGGUGUGCCAAUCUCCUGCUCACAAUGUGGAUCAGCCCUGGAUUCCUGUUAUGAUAACAUGGUGAGCAAGUGUUACUUCUGCCAGUUAUGGGGACCUGCUGCCUCUCAACCGAACUCUCCUCCAAUGGGGUGUCAGGACUGUCUUUUCCUCUUGAACCCUGAUGAGCUUGCCAAAUUGCCGGCUGAACCACUCCUCAUAUUCUGUAUCGAUAUCUCAGGAUCAAUGUGUAUAACCUCACAAGUGACUGAAGGUGGGGAGACAAUCUACCGGUCACGUCUUCAGAGUGUACAACGGGCAUUGGUGCAGUGUAUUUGCAGUUUGAGCGGGAGGAAGCCACUGACUAGAGUAGGACUCAUCACCUUUAACAAUCAGGUGGCACUGCAUGGCUAUGGGGAGGUGCCCACCCGGGUCUUCCAGGAUGCAGAGCUCAUUGACAGUGAUUACCUGAAGGAGGCAGCACUGAGCUUCCCCAGCCCACUGCCUCUCUCAGAGAGCAGAGAGCACCUGGAGAGGCAAAUCGAAAGGCUUGAGGAGAGUGGAGCCACAGCACUUGGUCCAGCAGCACUCAUUGCCAUCACAAUGGCCUCUCAAGAACCUGGGUCAAAGGUGGUUAUCUUUACAGACGGAAAGGCCAACACAGAGUUGGGGAAUCUCGAUGAUGAUGACACGCAUUCACUGAUUUCUUCCACCAUCUUCUACCAGGACCUGGGGGAGUAUGCUGCUAAUCAGGGGGUAUUAGUGUCAGUGUUGGCUAUAGAGGGAACAGACUGCAGACUGGAUGAACUGGGGAUACUAGCUGACAGAACUGGGGGGGAGGCAGUGGUUGCCAGUCCGAACAAUCUGCAUACCGAGCUCCAACAGGUGUUGGACUGUUGGGUAGUAGCCACACACUGUGAUGUCACCUUGCUGCUACCUACCACACUGACUGUGAAAGGAGAGAGGCAGGAGGGACACAAGGGGAUCAGAGAGGUGGGGAAUGUGACUGCUGGCAAGGAGAUCACCUUCAGGUUCCAAGCAAGAGAGCAAGACACACAAAUCCUGCUCUCGGGUGGUUGUGUGUCUGUUCAGUUGCAGAUCAGAUACAGAAGAAUGGAUGGACAGAGAGUGCUCAGAGUACUCUCUGUUGAUAGGAGAGUAACUGAUGAUAGCUCCCAGGUCCUUUUGUCCCUCUCUCUCUCAAUACUUCAGCUCAACUCCUCCCAGUCCUGUGCUGCCUUGGCCGUAAGAGGCCGCCACAAGGAUGCACAGACUGAGGGGAAGACUCAGAAGAAACUGAUGGAAAGAGCCUUGAUCCACAUUAAAAGUUCUGAAGAGAAACAACAACAUGCCCAGUGGGUGAAAAAUAUGGAUCACAUCUAUAACAAUAUACAUAACUACAAACGGAGCAAUUAUGGUUCUAUUGCAGGCAUACAGUCUCUCACUGACACAGGCGCAGCACUUCUUUACGGAAUGAAGAAUGGCAACAGGAAGUCUAUUUCAAAGAGUAGGACCAAACCAAACCUGUGAAAAUGAUCUUCAUUUCCUUAAAAGGUACAAAGAGGUGAUGGUGUGAGAGAGGUUUAUGAAUACAGGCACAUCACAAUGGGCUAUUGCACGACAAUAAGAUCUGCACAGACUUUGAGCACAAAGACUGCUUAUUCACACACAGCGAUCCUUCUGAUGACAUGGACAAUGUCACUCAGUGCUGGAAAACUCCUCCCACUACUGGACCGCACUUUUUUCACCUCACACAAUGUACAGCACUCUGCCAAAUCUGUCCGCAUGUGUCCUCAGUUUCCCUCCCAUUUAAUUACUAACAUCUCCCCUCAACCCCCUUCCCACUCAUUUGCCUCCUCUCACCCCAAACUCUUCUCUUUCUCCUCUCCUCCUCAGUCUCAGUCUAAUAAUCAGAGUUAAUUAGCAGCUGUCAAAUUGUUGUCCAUUUGCGUAACAAACCAAACUUGGCACAACAAACAAACAUCCCACUUUUCCCUCCACUCUACCCCAUCUGCCUAUGUGUGCUCUUCUCCCUCUCCUUAUUUCCAGACAUUUGCCAUCUGUAUAAUUUAAUCCCCACCCAAUCUCCCUGUUUCUGCUCUCUGAACUGUACUAUUUUACCAUUUCUCACUGUCCCUUUAUGUGUGUGUGUGUGUGUGUACAGUAAAACCCUGCAAGUGCCAUCAUUUCACUUAUUUACUUCUGCUAAAAAGUGUAAUUUGAUCGGGAAAUGAUAACUGUGCAUGUUUUUUGCAGUUAUCUAUUAUGACAAAGAUGUUUAUUAUAAAUGUUUCCAUAAUGCACCCAGCAUUGCUCCUUUAGUCUGGGAAUUGGUGCUACAGUAUUUUGUUACUGUGUUAGUAAACCUGUUUUUCCUAUUUCUACUGUACAGUUUUACUGUUUUGGACAUUCUGCUGCUGUAGCCCAUCCACUUCAAGGUUUUACAUGUUGUGUGUUCAGAGAUGCUCUUCUGUACACCACUGCUGUAAGGCAUGGUUAUUUGAGUUACUGUCUCCUGUCUGCUUGAACAAGUCUAGCCAUUCUCCUCUGACCUCUCUCAAUAAUUUCACCCACAGAACUGCUGUCACUGGAUGUUUUUCACACUAUUCUCUGUAAACUCUAGAGACUGCAGUGCAUGAAAAUCCCAGGAGAUCAGCGGUUUCAGAGAUACUCAAACCACCGUUUUGCCCGAAAACUCAUUCCACAGUCAAAGUCACUUAGGUCACAUUUCUUCUCAAUUCUGAUGUUUGGCCUGAACAACAACCAAACCUCUUGACCAUGUCUGCAUGCAUUGAGUCGCUGAUUAGCCAAUUAGAUAUUUGCAUUAACAAGCUGGUGUACAGGUCUACCUAAUAAUGUGGUGAGCCAACUUCCAAUUCUCUCCCAAUGCAAAGUGCUUUAUUGGCUUGAUGAUCGAGCAGCACUGCCAAAACUGAACAGUUUUUUCAUCAUACAUUAAACUAGACAGUGCAACAGUAGGGCAAUUUCACAAGGGGAAUUUAAUGUACAGGAUGUAAUGUGGAUGAGAAUGUAUUGCCAGUACCACCAGAAAUGGAGCUAUAGUCUCAGUAAAGCAGAAUUGUGGUACAUGGUCUCUACUAUGUAACCAUCACCUAUGUUGCUUACAUUAUCAGUUACCAAAGCCAUCACAGGACAUUACGGGAUUAAGUAUUUGAUCAAUCCACCUGUAUAUUCCUGACUAAAUCCACAAAUCCAGCGGGUCAUGACACCACAGGCCCUGAAGUAAUAGGAGAAUCUUACCAGUGUGUGGAGAAAGCCCUAAUGGCUGUACAGGCCAGAGCAGUCACUUCCUACAUCCCCUCAGGGUACCUGGCUUAAGCUGCAACACAUUGGGCAGCCACUCCUGUUCUGGGCAUCUACUGUAUCUGUUCAUGUCCAAUAAAAGAACAUUCAUUGGUCGAUUUCUCUUUCCUGCUCUUUCUUUUUCACUCUGUAAGUGUUCUAAUCUCAGUCAGCCUACUCGGCUGAGACUUGAAAAAUUGCCUUGUACCUGCACCUAAACUGUUUAAGCUGUUUUGAGCUGUUUUGAGCUUAGCACCUGUAUACUUUUUUAUAGUUUUGCCAUUGUUAUUAAAAAGCGAUUUUUCAAGCAGAA